AUGGCUAGCUCUUCAUCGCAAUGGGAGGUGCUCAAAAAACAAGCUCGUAGUCUCGAACAAGAGAUUGAAAAUAAGCUUGUUGGAUACUCAAAGCUGGGAAGUGCUGGUGUCGCCUCCUCUUCUGGAGGUGGUAAUGGCCAAAUGGGUGGGUUUGAUGCUGCAUUUGCUCUCGAGGAAGAGAUUGACGACUUGCUUAAGAGAUUGACACAAGUCGUGAAUGUUAUGAGUUCCGUUUUAGACAAUCCACCACCAUCCAUACCCUCCAAUCCUUCAAUGAUGCACAAUUUACAAAGGCAUCGAGAUAUACUCUUCGAUUACGGCAAAGAAUUCAAAAAGACCAAAUCCAAUAUUACGUCUGCCAGAGAACACGCAGAGCUUUUGAAUUCUGUUCGAGACGAUAUAAGUUCCUUCAAGUCAUCGCGUUCGCCUGAAGACUUUUUACUAUCAGAACGCAACAAAAUCGACAACUCUCACAACAUGGCUGAUAUCGUGUUAGAGCAAGCAUAUGAAACGAGGAGCAACCUGUCUAGUCAGAGGGCGAGUUUGCUUGGAACACGUGGGAGAAUGGGAGGUGUUUUGUCUCGGUUUCCAAUGAUCACGUCGCUGAUAUCCAAGAUUAAUACCAGAAAACGACGAGACUCUUUAAUAAUGGCUGGUGUUGUCGCUGCUUGUAUCAUCUUCUUGAUGAUGUAUUGGUUGAAUAGGUAA